UAAACGAUAUCGCAACAGGACCCAAUCUCCGAUGUGGCGGUGUGAUGAAGUAGUCAACAAAUCACAUUACAAUUCUGGAUGUAAAUAUAUUUUGCUGAAAAGUGGUUUGACGCAAUUACUGAUUUCACAAUCCACUGUUUGGGAGAACAACACGAACCAUUCAACCAUUGCGAUUUCAGGGAAUAUGGAUAAGAAGAUAGUGUUCUUGGCUACUAUUAUGUUAUUGGUUACCUCUAAAACAAAGGUAUAUAGUGCAAGGAUAUCACACUGUUUCAACCCAUCUUCAACAUUUAAACAUGGACGUUCUUGCCCUAAAGAUUAUAGCGGUUGGAAAAAAGCUUCCGAAAAGUUGAGUUGUGAGAAAUAUGAUAGCAGAUGUCAUGAUAAUCAACAUGUUGCCUAUCAUUGCGUUAUCAAUGCCUGGAUAAACGCGACAAUAGAAGUUUGUGCUCCAGUUGUUUCAAUUGUAGGAAAUUGUUGCGCUGAAUUCAAUGUUCUAGGUGGCAUAAUACAAGAAAAUUAUCAUGCAUCAUGCGGAAACAGUACAACGCCAUGUCCGUUUUACUACAUGUCAGAUAAGGCAUAUAAAUAUCAAUCCUGUUACAAGUACAUAGCUUUAAAUGAAAGGCCCGCAGCUGAUAACUAUAAGCCAUUGCAUCAUAUUGAGAGGAAAAACAAAUCUAUUUUCGACAACCAAUCGCACAGAGAAAAGAAAUCAGUAACAGACCAACAAUGGAGUAACGGAACUUCAUCACAAUUUACAGCAAGGAAUGGAUCCAACUCACUGACAGAUGUGAAACUUUCUCUAACACUUCUCAUUGUACUUGGUAUUUGUACAUUGACGUAGUACUCUCAACCUACACUCUACAUGUAGUUCAAAAGUUGUUCGUCGUUUACUUUGUUUUUUUUCCAUGUUAUUGAUAAAAGCUUGUUACACAAGAAAACAUUUUUUGAAAGAGCCAUAGCACACUUGGCA